AAAUACUAAAUCACAUUGUUUACCUUCCUUUCCCAUCGCGUUACACACUAUUGCAAUCAAACUACAAAAGUCAACAUGCUUUUUCCCUAUAAAAAAACAUACUAUCCUUCAAUCUUACAGCAAAACAAGACGCAUUUAGGGUUGGAGAUGGAUCCAGUUAUGUUGGGAUCUUGUGUCCUGUUAGCACUACUCACAUCCAUUUUAUGGUACAAAUGGAAUCGCGGCGGAAAAACUCUUCCGUUACCACCAGGGCCACGUGGCGUCCCCAUCCUCGGCUACCUGCCUUUCAUGGGCGCCGAUAUGCUCCAACACUUAACCCACCUUUCCCACCAUUACGGCCCCAUCUACAAGCUCCGCCUCGGAAGCAGACUGGCGGUGGUCAUCACCUCGCCCUCGCUGCUCAAGCAGGUCGUCCGCGAUCAAGACCACAUUUUCGCCUACCGCGACGCCACCGUCGCUGCCCUCACCUACAGCCGCGGCGCCAGGGACGUGGUGUUCUCGCCGCCGAAUUCCAGCUGGCGGGCGAUGAGGAAGGUGUUGGUGUCCGAGACGCAGAGCGGCAGCAGCCUCCACGCAUCGCGGGAGCUCCGGAAGGACCAGAUCAGGAAGGCCGUCCGAUCCAUCUACUCCAAGAUCGGACGGCCUGUUGCGUAUGGAGAGCUGGCGUUUCAAACUGAAGUCAGUCUGCUGAUGAACCUUAUGUGGGGCGGAGUAGAUUCCGAUUCCGCCGGGGAGCUGGAGAGAGAGAGGCUCGGAACUCAGUUCCGAGCUCUCACCUCCAGCCUCAAUUAUCUCCUCGGAAAGCCUAAUGUUUCGGAUCUUUUUCCUCUCCUUUCGAGGUUUGAUCUGCAAGGAGUGAAGAAACAGAUGGGGAAAGUGGUGGAUUCUAUUGACAAUAUACUCGACCACUUCAUCUCCCAACAUGAAAAGCUUUCUGGAGCAUUCAACAGCGAGGGAAGGAAGGAUUUUCUGCAAAUCGUGUUGGAGCACAAGGAGAAGAAGGAUUCGGAUUUGCCAACUCUCUCACGAGAUCAAAUUAAGACCUUGUUGAUCGAGAUAAUAAUUGGAGGGUCGGAAACUUCAGCAACGACGGUGGACUUUGCAAUGUCGGAGCUCCUCAACAGGCCGGAGGCCAUGGAGAAGGUGCAGAAGGAACUAUCCGAGGUGGUGGGGAUGAACAACAUCGUAGAAGAGUCCCACCUUCCCAAACUGCACUUUCUAGACGCUGUCAUCAAGGAAACUCUUCGAUUGCAUCCUCCAGUACCGUUUCUAGUCCCAAGAGCUCCACUGCAUAGCUCAAGUGUGGGAGGAUACACAAUUCCAAAGGGUACGAAGAUCUUACUCAACGUGUGGGCGAUACACAGGGAUCCUUCAAUCUGGGACAAUCCCGAAGAGUUCAGGCCCGAAAGGUUUCUUGAAGAUUCUAGAAACCUGAAUUUCAAGGGAAACGAUUUUGAGCUCAUUCCAUUUGGAUCAGGGAGAAGAAUGUGCCCUGGAAUUCCACUGGCAGAAAGAAUGGUGGCUUAUUUGUUGGCUUCAUUUUUGCAUUCAUUCGACUGGAAAUUAACAGAUGGUAAAAAACUUGAUAUGUCGGUAACUCUUGGAAUUGUGCUUCAAAAAACAAGUAGUUCGAUUGCUAUACCGACUCCCAGAUUGUCUAAUGACAAUUUAUAUAUGUAGAUUUUGUCAACUAUUUGCCUAUUCCAAGCCUAAGUAAUAAUUCCAUGUAUGAAUUAUUUAGCAGAUUAUAUAGUACUAGCUCUGUUCCACUAGAAUAGUCUCGUUUUCCAUUUUAAAAUGUACCACUAGAAUAUGCUUGGUUUUCCAUUUUGUGAGAUUAAUAAUGUAUUUUAAAUGCUUAAUUGGUGUGGAUCACUCCACCUUUUGUUUCAAAAA